AUGCACCGGUUCAUCCAUCGCACCGAUAUCGAUACCGGGCCCUCGAUUGAAGAAACCCCAAACUCUACUCGAGUAUCGUACGGUACCGUACUGUUAUCAUACCCGUAUUCCCCACACCAGCCACUGGCGCAGCCACACCCUCUCGGAACAUCCCGAUCAAUCAACCACAGCUCGACUUAAACUUUAUCACCACCACCACCGGAGCAUCAGACAUACACACAUACCAUACCCGUUAUCGAGUCUCCCAUCAAUCGAUCACCACCAUCUACAUCACCGCAACCGCAACCACCCUUAAUAAGUCAUUCCACACCGAUAAUGGCGGCAAACAAUGAGCAAUUCUACCUCCGCUACUACAGCGGCCAUAGCGGUCGCUUCGGUCAUGAAUUCUUAGGUACAACAGCAACAAGCACAACCUUCUUCCCUUCCUCUUACCCUCUCAAUUACUAUAGUCGAAAGCACACGAAGGCUGACACACAGUCCGCCACUCCCCCCUUCCAGAAUUCGACUUCCGCGUCCUCGGCGAUGGCAGGAGCGCAACGGCCCGCUACGCCAACAACUCAAACUACCGCAACGAUUCGUUGAUCCGGAAAGAGAGCAAGUUCUCCCCGAUUCUCCCCCCCUCAGAAGCAGCGUCGGCAGAUGCGGCAGCGGCACUUUUCUGGACAGGCACUGACGAUGGUGUGGGGCGCUUGGUAGUGUGCGUGAGCUCUUUGAUGAUUAAGGAGAUUAAGAGGAUUAUCAAGGAGAGUGAGAUCAUGAAGUAUGCACACCCCAUGCAAUCCUCCCUCCACCUCUUUCAUUUCAUUUUGCUGACGGCGAUACUUUUCUUUCUCUCCCUCUUUGGCGCUGAUUAGGGAAGAUGAUAGUAAAUGGCCGCAAAAGAAUAAGGAUGGACGCCAGGAGUUGGAGAUUCGCCUAGGCAACGAACAUAUCUCCUUCGAGACCGCUAAGAUAGGAUCGCUUGUAGACGUCCAGGAAAGUGCUGAUCCUGAGGGGUUACGUGUUUUCUACUACCUUGUUCAGGAUUUGAAGGCUUUGGUGUUUUCGUUGAUCAGUCUGCACUUUAAGGUAACCGGUUGUCUAUGUGGGGCUGAUUACCACAGUGAUGAUGCUAACCAGCGUGAUUAUUCUUACAGAUCAAGCCUAUCUAAGUUCGGGACGGCGCUGGCGGAGAGGGGGCGGGUUGGUAGAAGGGCUGUAAUACUAGCGGGGUCUCCACCUUUUUUUCUUUUUUCACGAAAAAUAAUGCGACGCGUCUGCCGAGAUGGCUAUACACUUUACA